UGACGAAGGGAUUUUGACGCUCCGCCUCUUACGUCGUCCUACAUGCAGGCUUGUUCCUUGGCAUAAUAUUCGGAACUUGCUUUGCACAUCUCUCAUGCUGUGCAGCAUCUUGCACUGGACUUCUUAGGACAAAUUGACAAAAAAAGGGAGUCAGCACUCCCAGAGCCAACGCUAUGGAAGAAUGCGCGACCUUAAAUGACCUUCAGAAAUGGGAACGCCUGGUCGAAGAACAGUCAAGCCUCUUUCGUCUUACGCUCACUGACAAUCAAACGCUACACCUACGGGUCGACGAACUGGAACGAGAACUAUCGGUGUGGAAGCUGGCUUUCAAGGCUGCCGAAGAUGAAAAAUGCAAUCUACAAAAACAUAUGCUCAAGCUGGAGAAAAACAUUGGCUCAUUAAAGGAUGAUAACCCGCUUCUCCUCUGCCUCAUUGAUGGUGAUGGCAACAUUUUCUCCCAAGACUUACUCGCGUCAGGCCAUACAGGAGGCCGGCAAGCAGCUAUGCUACUAACCAAAGGGUUAACAGACUAUAUGGUGGAUGUUGACGCUGGAUCUUCCGGCCGUGGACAAGUUUGGCUGACUGUGUACUGCAAUAAAACUGGCUUGAUGGAUACACUGGUGAACAACGGUAUAUGCAGUGCUUCGGAAUUUGAAGCAUUUGUGCUGGGUUUCAACUCAGCUUCACCGUUAUUCUCUAUUGUGGAUGUGGGUGGGGGGAAAGAGGCAGCUGAUGCGAAGAUUAAAGAAUGUCUUCGUGUUUUCACCCGCUUUCCCCAGACUUCACGUGUAUUCUUCGGAGGCGGGCACGACAAUGGAUAUACUUCCAUAUUAAGUACCCUUGAAAACGAGGGCUUGCUGGAAAAAAUUGUCCUACUCCGUGGAUACAAGACUCUCGCCGCUGAGCUUCAACACUUCGAUUUGCCCCACCUCGAUAUUGGGGGUGUCUUCAUGACAAAGAAACUUCCCUCGUGUUAUACGCAUAGGAGGUCGACGCCUCCAACAGGGGUCACUCCUCAAGAAUAUGACAGACAGAGGAUAAACCCGAAAAAUUUCCUCGUUGGAACGCAGAGUCCAGUCAUCUCUACGAGCACACAAUUCUGCAGAUAUCUUGAUCCUUCUUUGCCACUCAACAAGCAAAAUCCACGACCAUGCACAUUUUUCUAUCUGUCCGUGUGCAAGCAAGGUGAUAAGUGCACCUAUGGCCACGAUUACUUUCUUACAGCAGACAAUUACGCCGAGCUUCGUGCCAAUGCGAAGAAAUCUCCUUGCCCCGUCUUUAACAAGAACCAACUUUGUCCAUUCGGCGAAAGUUGCCCUUCUGGACACUACUGCCCCAGAGGGUCUAAAUGUGGCUACAGGAAACAAGGCAAAUGCAAAUUCAUCGGGAGUGAGCUCUCUGUAUCAUUUGCCGAUUACGCUAUUGACGCAAUGCACGACAUGUAGGAGAGAUGCAUACUCCCCUGAAUGACCGCAUAAGCAUAAGUGGACGACCUCCAUCUAGAGCCCAGAGCAGCAACGUCAGCGGGCAGACAGAUGGCACUCCGACUCCUCCGAUGAGCCCGGUUGACAUCAGUAAUUUCGCUGGCAUAUCUCCCUUUGUGCCACAAGGCACUAGGUGAUUCAUAUGUAGAUUCCACUACGCUGAAUUGUAGUAUGUCUAUAAAUUCAAUGAUACCGCAUGUAACUUAGCAUGCAUAUGAAACGCGGUCACGUGAGUGACACGAUUUUAUUCGAAGUGCAAUAAGUAGCAUAUUUGCUUCC